AUUUAAGCACCUGCUUACCCCUAAGCUUUGGAGUAAUUCCUCUGGCGUGAGCUAAGCACGGCCGCCUCGUGCUUCCCACGGUCUUCCUUUGAGAGGGUGCCUGGCCUCCCCAUGGGGCAGACUGCUCUCCAGUGACCUCUACGUUUUCCGUCACCCCGUCCAGCACUGCACACACGGAUGGGCUCUGCGCUGCCCUUGCUGCAGCUCCCUGCCUUCCCAGCUCUGCAGGGACAGGACCAGGACCCAACUCCCACGUCGCAGCUCCCAUCCCACACACGUGUGCCUCCAACCCCACGCUCACCGUCCCCUGCAGCGCCGGUGCGUUGGCAGUUGGCUACCCCCCUUGAAUCCCCCUCUUCUCCAGGCUAUAUGUGGCAUUUCCAAGCCCUGACGGUCUCUCCGAAUGUUUUCCAUAUUUGUUCAGCCUCCUCCUCGGUUCAAAUACCGGGGAGGACUGGGGCGGCACAGAGCGCGGUUUGGGGGGCAAGGAGCCCUGGCACACACACACGCACGUGAGGAGCAGCAUGGGGAAGAAGGAGAAGAAAGCCCAGCACAAUGCGGCCCACAGCGGGGAGCAGAACACGGAAUCUGGCCAAACACAGGAGCCGGCGAUGAAGAAGAAGAAGAAGAGCAAGGGGGAACCCAAAGCUGGCCGGGAGGAGGAAUCUCACACGUGUUGUUGGUGCCGUUUCCCACUGCUGUGCGCUUUGUUGCAGUUGGCAUUCGGCGUCGCUGUAACGGUGCUGGGCUUCCUCAUGGCAGGCGUCAGCUCCUCCCUGCCGGUCAGAGACACUCCGUAUUGGGCUGGGAUCAUUGUCUGUGUGGUGUCCUUAGUGGGAUUUGUUAUGCUUUGCAUUUCAUAUCAACCUGAUGAGAAGACGUGCGUGCAGUUCACAGUAAAGCUGAUGUAUUUCCUGCUGGGUGCCCUGGCUCUGGUUCUAUGUGUCGUGGCAGUGGCUUUUGCGGCCCACCAUUAUCUACAGAUAACAAAAUUUACUUGUGAUACUGUCCUCGAGUCCUGCCAGUGCAAAGUGGACACCACAGACCCCCUCAGCAGGACCUUCGUCUACCAGGAUGCCACUGACUGCAGCAGUGUCACCAGCAUGCUCAGCCUCUACCUGAUUCUGCAGAUGGUGCUCAACCUGCUUGCAGCACUGGUGUGUCUGCUGGCGUGCUUCGUUAUGUGGAAACACAGAUACCAGGUCUUUUAUGUGGGUGCUCGGUUCUACCCUUUAACUACUACUGAGUGCCAGCAACAGAAAGUGUAGGGUCUGCAUUGGCAGGGCCUGUAGCCAGGCAAUGGAAGAUGUCAGCAUUCUGCCACCAUAGAUGCCACACAUGGAUCAAUGUUUUUAAGGCUUUUGACAAGGAAAAACAUUCACAUGUUUAAUGAAUAUAUUUUUCAAUCAUUUUGAAUUUUGAAUCUCAACUCUUGCAAAAAGUCCUUAGUGAGACUAUAUAGAGGUCAUCUAACAUUCUGAAGAUGCAACUGUAGUAAUACUCACCGAAGAGCAUCUUCAGUAGCCAUAAACAACAUGAGCUUAAAAGGCAUUGGGAACUCAUCUGAAGGGCUACAGCUGUUUAGACAUGGGGUCUAUUUCCCUCACUGGUAGAUAUUCAUUCUUGCCUUCAGAGAAGAUAUACCAUUUUCUACCAGAUGAAGAUCUCGUCCAAACUGCUUGAUUAUAAUUAUGCUGAUAACGCUUAGGGAAUAUAUUGUAUUUUGGAUGCACCAAUGGGAAUUUACUGUAUGGAAAAGGAACCAAAGAGGUCAAGACCUCUUCAAAUGCAGGCUGAGAUCAGCAGCAGAAGUGACUAUAUUGAUGACUACCAUAUAAAAGAUGUUUCAGAGUGACUGGUGAUGGCAGUUACCCAACCCAGUUAUGAACAAACACCAACUUCAGUGGGUUUGCUGAUGGUGAUGGGGAGGCAAUGCCUCAGACCCCAGAUACUUUACAAAUGAGCACUCAGCGCUUUACGAGAAAAGAUCAGUUUAAAGAACCUUGAGCUGAGCUCCUAGGAUGGAGGUCCCUAAAUCACUGGCCACAUUGAAUGCCCUGCUGUAAUUGCAUUCUUCCAAACCCAGCAUCAGGCCAGUUCUACCAAUUAUAUUUCCUGUGCAACAGGUCAAAUGCAUUUUUGGUGUAACUCCUCUGAAGACAGCCUUACACACCAGCUGUGGAUUUGGGCCAACAGCCCUGAAAGAUAACAUCCCUGAAACAAUCCAUGUUUUGAAAAUCGGAUAGACGGAAGGAAGCAAGAAGAAACUGCCAGUCUACCAAAGACAUCAACUGCAAAUAAUGAGGGCAAGAGAAUAACAAUUUCUUUAAAAGCAGCAUAGAAUAACAAUCUGUGUUCAGCGCUCUUUCACCCGGAAUGCAUGACUCUGAAAGUGCUUUACAGAUUAUUAGCCUUAUACCAGGAUGAGCAUGCUGGCUUGUCUCUCCAGCUGCCCAGCGUGCAGCUCUAAGAUGACAGGAGCAACUCUGGUCAGCAGCAUUGGGCCCAGUAUCGAUGCAGGUCAAUGCAGCUGGCGCUCACACUUUGUCAUCAUUUGGGAUUUCCUGGUCCCUGCCAGAGCCAGGGUAUCUCUGAAGUGGAGUUGAAACACCAUACGCCAGAAGAACCGCACCACUAUCAUUAUCAGCAAGGAGGAAGCAAGUAGAAUUUCAACAAGAGUUUAACGAAGCAAAAACUUUCUGUUUCUGCUAAAAAAAAAA